AUGUCGGCAUCAUUUUUAUUACUUCGAAAUAGUUUUCCAUCAAUAAAUCACCAAAGUAAUGGAGGGAAUGGAAAUGGAUUUACAGAAUGUGAUACUUGUUUAAAUUAUGAUACCCAAACUUGUUGUUUUGUAAUUUUACCCUUAACUGCAACUGCAGGAUUUUUUAUUUGGUUAUUCAUUCAAAAAGGUCAUUUAGCAUUAGGUCUUGUAUUAUGUCAACUUAUAGCAAUUAUUUUGCUUGGAAUUUUUGUUUUUCUUUUUUGGAUAAUGAUGAGGAGGUUUUGGAAAUAUUUAAAAAGAAUUUUAAAUUUAACAAAACAAACAACAACAAAUAAUAAUCAACAAAUUGAGACAGAAAUAUUAAAACAAAGAGUAAAUGUUUAG